GUUGACAAGUAAAUAAUUAGUGGCGUUUAUAUGUAAAAAAAUACAUAACUAUCUUGUAUUAUCUAAAAUUAUCAGUGCUUUGAGUACUUGGGUGGAAAAGUAUUUUUUUUAAAUAAAAAUAAUGGCAAAUAGACGGAAAUUGGAUGAUCCAGUAACCGAGGUUUUUCGACAGAUACGUUUAGAACAAAAUAAUCAAAUUUAUCAGCAACAUUAUAAUAUGUCAGCAAACUUAAAUAAAAAUUCAAAUACGCAAUCGGAACAAAAAAAUAAAGAAGUUCAAUCCUCUAAAAGGACGAGAAGAAGACGAAGGCAAAAAAAAAGAGGAGAUGAAACACAAGAAGAUAGUAUUUCAACGCGUUCAAUAUCUUCGAAUAGCAACACUUCACUAUCGUCUUUUAUAAGCGGUCUAGUUUUUGAAAAUAAAAAUAAAGUGAAACAAAAUGAAUAUUCAAGUGCCUCAACAUCUUGUACUAAAAAUACUGGAUCCUUGAAAGAUGUACUCCAUUUUUCUAUUAAACCUGUUACUGAUAAUAUAAACAGCAUUUUUUUAAGAAAACGAAAUCUAACACAAAAAUUUAUCAAUCUAAAAUCAUUUUUCAAAGGAAUUCCUUGCCUUUUUCUAUCUAAAUUUGAACAAAGUACCAAUAAUAAAAAUAACAAUAAACCUAAAGGUAAAAGACAUUCUAAAGAAGAAUCUGGUAGAAGAAGAAAAAGGAAGGAAAAUGAAAAUUUUGAGGAUUAUAUAAAUGAAGAUCAAGUUAAAGAGGGACUAUUAAACAACACAUUAAUCAAAGGAUUUAUCAGAAUUAACCCUAAAAAUUCCCGUGAAUCUUAUGUUAAUAAUGAAGAUACCAGCGUAGCAGAUUAUUUUAUACUAUCCAUUACAGACAGGAACAGAGCCCUGGAAGGUGAUGAAGUUAUAUUACGUCUUAACCCGGAAGAGGAAUGGACUGAGGAAAAUAGAACCGCCAAAGUGGUCUACUUACUUCAAAAGGUUCAUACAAGAAAAUGUGUUGGUACUUUGAGACUGAGUGAUGAAAAAGACAGUACAUUUGCUAUGUUUAUACCUAGAGACAAACGUUUUCCAGCACUAAGGAUCCCAGAACUUUAUUGGCCAGAUAGAUUUCGAGAAUACAAUAAUGAAUUUAAAAAUAUUUUAUUUCUCGCGCAGCUACUGGAAUGGAACACCCCUGAUAUAGCACAAGGUAUUCUAAUAGAGAAACUUGGAGAAACUGGCAAUCUUAUUGUAGAAUCGAUAUCAAUUUUAAAAGAGAAUAAUUUAGAUGUUACUCCGUUUAGUGAUGAAUUGAGGGCUUGUAUACCAAAAAUUGAUAAAAUUCGGGAAAAAGAGUUUGAAUACAGGGAGGAUAUACGGAAUAAAUGUAUAUUUACAAUCGAUCCUGCCACUGCUAGGGAUUUAGAUGAUGCUGUGUCCGUUGAAACCUUACCAAAUGGUAAUUAUGAGGUAGGGGUCCACAUUUCGGACGCUUCUUUUUAUCUCGAAGAAGGUACGGAACUUGACCAAGUUGUUAGUAGGAAAGCCACGUCGAUUUAUUUAGUAAACAACGUUUACCAUAUGUUACCAGAAGAAUUAUGUAUGGGUUGUUCGUUGUUACCGGGUGAAGAUAAAUUAACUUUUUCCGUGUUUUGGGAAAUGGACAAAAACGGCGAUAUUGUAAAUAAAAGAUUCGCUAGGUCUGUGAUAAAUUCGUGCGCAAAACUGGCUUACGAACACGCUCAAAUGAUUAUCGAACAUAUCGGAAAGGAAUUUUCCGUAACGGAUUUUCCUAAAAUUCAUAAUGGGUUCACAGUGGACGAUAUUGUGGAUAAAGUGGUUGUUUUACAAAAUUUGGCGGUGGUGCUAAGAAAAAAACGACUGAUAAACGGCGUUCUAAAAAUUAGUAACAUAAAAUUACGUUUCCAUCUUGAUCCUGAUACAGGCGAACCCAUGGAAUUUUCAAUUGAGGAAAACAAAGAGGCUCAUCGUUUGAUAGAAGAAUUCAUGUUGUUAGCUAAUAUCACUGUGGCGCAAAAAAUCUACGAUCAUUUUCCCGAAUUGGCGUUUUUGAGGUGUCACGAUCCGCCCAAAGAUAAAAUGUUGACGGAUUUGCAAAAUAAAUUGUCGGAAUAUGGCAUCCAUUUUGAUACCAGUUCUUCUGCUACCGUAGCCGCUUCUUUGGAAAAGUAUAUCACGGAUGAUUUCGAAGGUCAAUGUCGAGAUAUAGUACUAAAACACUUGACAUUAAAAUCGAUGACGAGAGCGCAAUAUUUUUGCGCAGGCAAAAAGACAACCAAAGACGAUUUCAAACACUACGCUUUAAGCAUACCCAUCUACACCCAUUUCACCUCCCCUAUAAGAAGAUACGCGGAUAUUAUGGUACAUCGAUUGUUGGCGGCAAGUUUAAAUUAUCGCGAACAACCAGAAUGGGAUAAGGACUACGUUCAAGCUAUAGCGAAUAAUUGCAACGUUCAGAAAUAUCAAGCCAAGAAAGCCGGAGACGCCAGUGGGGAAUUAUAUCUGGCCCAUUACGUGGAAAAGCAUCAACCCUUCUCGGAAACCUGCGUCGUCGUCGACGUUAGGGAAACUACAUUCGAUGUUAUUGUGAUAAAAACCGGAAGCAUCGUCAGGAUAUACCAAAACACUUGUCCAAGAGGAACUAUUUGGUCGUACAAUUCACACAAGUUAACGAUUAAUGUUCCUAGAUGUAAAAAUUUUGAUACAGCCUGUAUAAUUGUAGAGUUAUUUUCAGUGGUAACCGUUAAAUUGAAAAGGAAAGAUUCUUAUCAUUUAGAAGGGCGUUUGGUGAUACAAAGACAACCGAUUAAGGGUGAAAAACGUCGUUUGAAACACCCUAAGGAAUCAUUUCGAGUAUAAUUUAUCGAGUCGCCAUUUUAGUGUAGGUUAUUUUAAAUAUUUUAUUUUAUUAAAAAAAAAAUUGGUGAGUAAUUUGGGUGUAUGUAAUUGGUUAUAUAAAUAUUGAAAUAACAAUUUUUCAGCUUUUUUUCCCAUUGUAGUUUAUAGGGGGCAAACGGGACACAUAGAAUUUUUAUUGACUUUAUAUAUUUAUUGUGUAUUAUAUGAUUGUUUGGCUGCGAAAAUUACAUAAUAUUAUGAAAAAUAAAUGGAUUUUGCACAAAAUGAA